AUGGAGCCUGUACUUAUCGUCGGCGCUGGCAUUGUCGGUUUGACACUGGGUCAAGCAUUGAAGCAAAAGAACAUCCCUUUCAAAAUAUUCGAGCGCGAUGCAACCCCUGAAUCCCGUGGACAGGGGUGGGCGAUUACCCUCCACUGGGCACUGGAGUACAUGUUCAAAAUGUUACCAGAAGCCACAUUGUCGCGUAUCCAAGACGUCCAAGUUGAUCCGGACGUGGCGCGACACGACAACGGGAAUUUUUUAUUCAUCAAUCUCGAGACUGGGGAGCCAAAGUACAAGAUUCCGCCGAAUCGCCGGUGGCGCGUGAAUCGCGAAAAGAUGCGUCGUGCGUUGCUUUGUGGAAUCGAGGAGCAUGUGCAUUGGGGACAUCGUGUGACGGGGUUAAAUCUACCGGAAAACGAAGAUCGCGUUCAUCUUCUUUUCCAGAACGCAAGCACUGUUUCUGGAAGACUUGUGGUAGGAAUCGAGGGUAGUCGGUCCAUGGUGCGACAGAUUCUUCGACCUGACUCCUUCGACAAUGUGCCACUGGGCAUCAACUUCACUGGAGUCGCAGUGGAUCUUACCCCAGAAGAGAUCCAGCCACUUCGAGACAUGGAUCCACUAUUAUUUCAAGGAUGCCACCCGCGCACAGGGGUAUUCUUCUGGUUCUCCAUGCUUGAAACACCACUUGUGAAUGGAACGGCAAACACCAGAGAUGAGAGAUAUCGGGCGCAGAUAUGUAUGUCCUGGCCUGAAAAAAGUGCAAACGACAAGGUCGCACCUACGAAUGAAGGUCGAUUGGCGAAUAUGAAACAACGAGCCGUCGGUUUUGCGCCUUUCUUGCAGCAUGCAGUAGAUCAAAUUCCUGCUGGAACCCCAGUGACAGAAAUCAAUCUCGCUGAUUGGGAAUGUCUCGAUUGGAAUAACCAUGACGGGCGAGUGACGCUUGCUGGUGAUGCCGCACAUGCCAUGACAAUGUAUCGCGGAGAGGCGGCUAAUCACGGAAUACUGGAUGCGUUUUGUCUGACUGAGGCCAUCGAUCAAGUAUUCAAUCAUGCAGUGACGACAUCCGUUGCCCUUGGGAAAUACGAACAUGAAAUGCGUGAGCGCACGCGACGCGCAGUUCAACUGAGUCGACAAGCAUGUCGUGAUGCACAUAGCUGGGAAAGGCUAGACGGGAACUCUGCUAUCUUAACCAAGAGAGCGAUAGUUGCAAGCUGA